AAGAAAAAGAAGAUGAUUUACUAGAUUUAGCACCAUUUCUUAGAGAAAACUCAAGAUUGGGUUGUCAGAUUGUACUAAAUAAAAACUUAGAUGUCUUGUAUUAAAGUAAAAUGGAGUAUGCUGAAGAAGCAAUUGUAGUAUCGAAUAAAGCUGUAGUAUGCGACUGUAAUGGUCAGAUGCAAGCAGCUGUUUAUUAUUAUAAAGAAGCUGCUACACUCUUAGAACUUGCAUGGAAAAUACGAAAAAAUGAUCCCUUGGCUGAUGAAUGGUGUAAAAAAUCACAUGACUAUAUCAAUAGAGCUGAAGCUUUGGAAUAUCAAAUUCAAAAUGAAGCUGCCAAUAAUAUGGAAAAAAUUAAUCAAGAUAGAGUACGGUUAAAACAAUGCAAAUAUUUACUCAAGCAAGCUUUGGAUGUUGAUGAGUCUGGAAAAGAAGAUUUAGCUAUUGAUAUAUAUACUCAAGCAAUUGAAUUAGCAUUAAAAGUGAAAAAAGAAAUAUCAGAUGAUGAAAUGAUAAAAAAUUUAACAACUCUAAUUGAAAAAGCUUUAGAUCGAGCAGAAAAAUUAAAGCAGUCUAAGGAGCAAAACUCUUGUAAUAACUCCAUUAAUACAGCACCAUUGCAUAAAAAAGUUAUUCAGAGUCGCGGUCAUAUCAAAUUAGAUACAUCUAAAAGUAAUCUUUAUACUGAAGCAGAAAAACAAGUAUUAAUGAUCACAUCAAAAAUUAAUAACAAAGAAUAUGUUCCUUUCAUGGAUGUUGAUCUAUCAGAAAGGUUUCAACUAUCAAUUCCUUUCACUGACAGUGAUGGUUUGCUGACAUUAUCAUUGGAACAAAAAAAAAAAUUUUUACAAUGGAUAAGACCUGAUCAAUUAAGUUCAGACCCAAAAUUGGUGAUUGGGGAUUCAAUAAGUUUUUACAGCAUAAAACAAACCAUUGUGACUGAUUGUUCAUUUGUAGCAUCCUUAGCAGUAUGCGCCGUGUACGAGAAAACUUUCAAACAAAGAUUAAUUACAUCGAUAAUCUACCCACAAAAACAGAAUGGACAACCAGUGUAUAAUCCAUUUGGAAAAUACAUGGUUAAGCUUCAUCUAAAUGGUAUACAACGCAAAGUUAUAAUUGAUGAUCUUUUACCAGUUGGAAAAUACAAUUCAUUAUUGUGCUCACAUUCGUCCAAUAAAAAUGAAUUUUGGGUUUCACUAAUUGAAAAAGCAUAUCUAAAAGUAAUGGGAGGUUAUGAUUUUCCUGGAUCAAGUAGUAACAUAGAUCUUCAUGCUUUGACGGGUUGGAUACCAGAACGUUGUGCAAUUCAUUUAGAUGAUAAAACAUUUAAUACUGAUGGUUUGUUUGAAAAUCUUCUUACCAGAUUGCAUAAAGGUGAUGUAUUGAUUACUGUUGCUACUCCUCCAAUGUCAAUAGAAGAGGAAAGAAGAACUGGUCUAGUUUCUUCGCAUGCUUAUGCUGUUUUGGCCGUACAAAAAGUGAAUGAUUUAAAAUUGUUAAAAUUGAAAAAUCCUUGGGCACAUGUUCGCUGGAAAGGUCGUUAUUCAGAAUUAGAUGAAAAAAGUUGGACUUCUCAUUUAAAAGAAACACUUGACUAUGACCCAACAAGUGCUGCUUCCUUUGAUAAUGGCAUUUUUUGGAUUGAUUACAAUUCUGUAUUGCAUCAUUUUGAUGUAUUUUGUAUGAACUGGAAUCCUGCCCUGUUUCCAUAUACAUCAUGCUUACAUAAAACAUGGAAUACUGGAACAGGUCCUAUUUGUGAUUUGUAUAAUAUAAGCGAAAACCCUCAAUUUAGUUUAGAUGUUAGUAUUGUUAACAGUGGUGCUGUUUGGGUACUUUUAACUCGUCACAUCACAGAAUUACAAGAUUUCAAAGUUAAUCGUGAAUAUAUAACUGUUUUAGUGUAUAAAAAUGAUGGAAAACGUGUUCAUUACCCAAAUGAUCCUGAACCUUAUAUAUCAGGAAAACGUAUUAAUAGCCCUCAUUAUCUUUGUAAGAUUGUUCUUAAUGACAAAACACCUUCCAAAUUUACAUUAGUUGUGUCUCAAUAUGAAAAAAUGAAUACAAUUCACUACACAUUACGAGCUUAUGCCACAUGUCCAUUUACACUUAAAGAGCUUACCAAUACCUAUGAUAUCAAAUUCAAAACUUCUGUCAAUGGUGAAUGGAAAGGAAAUAGAGCUGGUGGUUGUCAAAACCAUAAAACCUAUAAAGAAAAUCCAAAAUUUAAAUUAACAGUAGAUGGAUUGACAGACACUGAAAAUUUGCAAAUUGAACUAAAGGCACCAAAACAGUAUCAAGUUGGACUUGAAGUAUCAUGUGUUGGAUUAAAUAACAUAAAUGCUACAGCAAAAUUUAUGAGAAAGUCUUCAGGGAGUUAUAGAUCUGGGUAUGUGAUUUUAGAAUUACUUGAUAUCCAACCAGGAACAUACGAAAUAAUUCCUUCUACAUACUUGCCCGGUAAUGAAGGACCCUUUAUAUUAACCGUAAAUGCAUCUUGCUCAGUCAGUAUUAAUCAAAUUUGAUAGAUAUUUCCAUUAUCUUAUUUGUAUUUAUAU